AUGAAGACGCCAGCCUUGCUCUGUCUCCGUUUCCAGGCCUUGGCCGAGGCGCUGAAGAUAAACGGGCCCGUCACGAACAUCAAUUUGACAGUCAACAAGAUUGGCGACGAGGGCGCCAAGGCCUUGGCCGAGGCGCUGAAGACAAACUCGUCCGUCGCGAACAUCGAUUUGCGAGAAAACAAGAUUGGCGCUGAGGGUGCCAAGGCCUUGGCCGAGGCGCUGAAGAUAAAGUCGUCCGUCACGAACAUCCAUUUGGGAUGCAACGACAUUGGCGACGAGGGCGCCAAGGCCUUGGCCGAGGUGCUGAAGAUAAACGCGUCUGUCGCAAACAUCAAUUUGAUCUACAACGAGAUUGGUGCCGAGGGCGCCAAGGCCUUGGCUGAGGCACUCAAAAUCAACAAGUCCAUCACGAACAUCAAGUUGGGAGGGAACCAGAUUGGUGCCGAGGGCGCCAAGGCCUUGGCCGAGGCGCUUAAAAUCAACAAGUGCGUUACGGAGAUCCUUUUGUAUGAAAACCAGAUUGGCGACGAGGGGGCCAAGGCCUUGGCUGAGGCACUUAAAAUCAACAAGUCCAUCACGAACAUCAAUUUGGGAGGGAACCAGAUUGGUGCCGAGGGCGCCAAGGCCUUGGCCGAGGCACUGAAGAUAAACGGGUCCGUCACGAACAUCCUUUUGUACAACAACCAGAUUGGCGACGAGGGCACCAAGGCCUUGGCCGAGGCACUGAAGAUAAACGCCUCUGUUGCAAACAUCGAUUUGGACAACAACCAGAUUGGCGACGAGGGCGCCAAGGCCUUGGCCGAGGCGCUUAAAAUCAACAAGUGCGUUACGGAGAUCCUUUUGUAUAAAAACCAGAUUGGCGACGAGGGGGCCAAGGCCCUGACGGAGGCGAUAGAGGAGCGAAACAGGAAGGGCGUUCCCUUGACGUGUUCCUGGGAGGAGGAGGAGGAGGAGGAGGAGGAGUGGUGA